CAGACAGCCCCUUCCCCGAGUCCUGUCCGACUGCGACUUUGAUGUGCUGAGGAAAUUUGCUUGGAACGAGGAGAAGGAAGAAUCGGGCCAUGUCUGAAGACAGGUUUGGGGCGACGGUGGCCAUCGGGCUGACCAUCUUUGUGCUCUCCAUUGUCACCAUCAUCAUCUGCUUCACCUGUUCCUGCUGCUGUUUGUACAAGAUGUGCCGCCGACCCCGUCCUGUUGUAACUACCACCUCCACCACCGUGGUGCACGCGCCUUACCCACAGCCUCCCAGUGUACCGCCCAGCUACCCGGGCUACCACCCCAUGCCCCACCAGCCAGGUCCAGUGGUAGCACCCUACCCUGCACAGUAUCCACCUCCCUAUCUGGCCCAGCCCGCGGGCCCGCCUGCCUACCACGAGAUGUUUGUUGGAGGUGCAACUGCGCCCUAUCCUGCCAGCCAGCCUCCUUACAACCCGGCCUACAUGGAUGCCCCGAAGGCAGCCCCCUGAGCCUGCCCUGCCGCUUCGUGUGCGCUUGCGUGUGUGUGUGUAUGUGCAUAUGCGCGCACACAUGGGGGUGCUGCUGCCACGGUCUUCUCUGCCCCAUGUGAGGUGCGUGUCUACUCUCUGUACACGUAGUUUCAUUUGAUGCUGACAAGGUGGGGGGACGACCCUUGCCAGGGCAGGCUGGGACCAAACUCUCUGUCCUCGUCCUUACUUGAAACUGCUUGCUGAAAUCUCAAGCAAACUUUAAAGAAGGGAGUGGGGUGGGAGGUUUCUUCUUCGAAUACCCUGAGCCUGUCGUACUAGGACAGCCCAGAAUUCUCUGGGCAAGAAUUUGCCUCCAGAGCCGUGGCUGUCAGCAGCCUGGGUCCAGCAUUAUGGGUCCUGGUUCCGGCGGAGUGGCCAGUUGGGCCAUGGCUUCCUAGGGUGUGGGGUGCUUCUCUCAAAGCCAGCCAUGCUGUAGGCAAGGGAGUGAAGUUGGGAGCUGGCUAAUGAUCCUCUGGACACAGUCCCAGCACUCAGGAGCUUGAGCCUGCCCAGUGGGCAUCGGUGAUGUCCAGCACACUGCAGGGCUACCCCAGACCGUUCUCAGGGCCAGCUUCAGCACCCACAGCUGUCUGUCUGGCCUGCCCUUGCACCCCCUGGGGCCAGCUGGAAGUCCAUGUCCACCCACAGUUCUUGCUGCCUGAGGAAGCUGUCCUGCCCUUGCUGGCUGCAGUCUACCGUCGACUCCAGUCUUCUCCUUGCAGUGUUUUUAGCCAAACCUUUGCCCUGUGUUCUACUCUGAAAUGUGUUACAUUUGUUGGGAGGCUGAAACUUCUGGGUCCUGGGGGGGGAACUGACCUCCGAGUCCCUAGUCCCUGACACCAGCACAGUGGGUUCAGCUCCUUGUACCUCAGUCUACAAUGCAUUGUGAGCAGGGCCCGAGGGUCAAGGGCCUCCUGGACCGACGGUGGGGCGGGACUGGAGUGACAGCUCAAGCCCCAGUGUUCUCACCCUUUGCUUGAUGCCCGCACGCUGUGCUGUGUAUAAUAAAGGCACACAUUUGGACCUGGA